GACUUGGUACGCGCAUACAACCAAAUUCCGGUAGCCGAGGCGGACAUCGCUAAAACUGCCGUGACGACUCCAUUUGGUUUGUUCGAGUUUCUGCGUAUGCCAUUUGGUCUAAAGAACGCCGCGCAAACUUUUCAGCGUUUCAUCGACCAAGUUUGUCGCGGCUUAGACUUCGCUUACGCGUAUCUUGACGACAUAUUAAUCGCAAGCUCUUCACGAGAAGAGCACAUACGCCACGUACGAACACUUUUUGAUCGUUUAUCUCAACACGGGGUGACGAUCAACGCAGAAAAGUGUUCGUUUGGUGUCGAUUCAGUUAAUUUCCUGGGCCAUCGUAUCUCUUCUGCAGGCGUCGUGCCACUGCAAGAUAAAAUUCAAGCCAUCAUCGACUACCCCGAGCCUCAUUCUUUCAAGCAGCUCAGGCGUUUUGAUGGCCUGGUCAACUUUUACCGUCGAUUUAUACCCAACUGCGCCUCUCUGAUGCAACCCCUCACGGACCUUCUCCGAGGGAAACUCAAGACGUUCGAAUUUCCUACCGCAGCACGCGCUGCUUUUAAGUCGCUGAAAGAGGCUAUCGCCAACAUAGCUUCCAUAGCGCAUCACGAUCCGACCGCCCCACUGUCCCUUAGUACUGACGCCUCGGACGUCGCGGUCGGCGCUGUUUUGCAGCAACGCGUAGCCGACACGUGGCAGCCCUUAGCGUUUUUCUCCAAACGCCUACAACCUACCGAAUCUCGCUACAGCACGUUCGGUAGAGAACUACUUGCCGUAUAUCUAGCGAUACGUCACUUUCGACACGUCCUAGAAGGCCGCUCCUUUGUCGUCUUCACCGACCACAAACCCCUAACUUACGUGCUCGGCUCGACUACCGACCGAUACUCUCCUAGAGAGUCGCGCCACCUUGACUAUAUCGCUCAGUUUACGACCGAUAUACGGCAUGUCUCAGGUGUGCACAACGCCGUCGCCGAUGCACUUUCCCGCAUUCAAGCUAUCUCCGCUGACGCCGGCACUGCUAUCGACUUGGCAGCCAUGGCCACAGCACAACUCAACGAUCCUGAGGUUGAACUACUACGCAGGUCUCCCUCAUUGGAUAUACGACCCGUUCCGCUGACAUCAUCAGACGGCACUAUACUCUGCGAUUUAUCUCUGGGCACGCCGCGCCCAGUCGUCCCACGUGAGUUUCGGCAGACCGUGUUCGACGCGUUGCACGGCUUGUCUCAUCCAGGCGUUCGUGCAUCGGUUAAACUCGUAACCGCACGAUUCGUUUGGCGCAAUGUUAAUCGGGACGUCCGUACUUGGGCAGCUGCUUGCCUUCCGUGUCAACGCGCGAAGGUACACAAGCACACGAGAAGCCCAUUAGGCACGUUUCCGACGCCAGACGCACGUUUUCAUCACGUGCACGUCGACCUCGUAGGUCCUCUGCCGCCUUCCAAAGGCUCGGUAUAUCUACUGACCUGCAUCGAUCGAUUUACUAGAUGGCCUGAGGCCGUCCCCAUCCCAAAUUGCUCCUCGGAAACGGUAGCGAAAGCUUUUAUGGAGCGCUGGGUAGCACAAUACGGCUGUCCCGCCAUCGUGACCACCGAUCGAGGGUCACAUUUCUCGUCGACAUUUGCCAUGUUGCUUAAGGAUUUAGGCUGUCGCCACGUCCAGACGACGGCGUAUCAUCCGGCCGCUAACGGCAUGGUGGAGCGUUUUCACCGCCAGUUGAAGGCAGCGCUACGUGCGCACGCAGAUCCUUCAUGGUCUGAAACACUUCCCCUCGUUCUCCUAGGCAUAAGAAACACUGUUAAAACCGAUUUCGACGCCACGCCAGCGCAGCUAGUCUACGGUUGCACGCUGCGGUUACCCGGACAGCUGGUAGCACCAGCCCCAUGUACUUCCACUUUUGACUACGGAAGUUACACUGACCGAUUGGCUCAUCAGAUGCGUGAGCUACGUCCACCCGCUCCUCGAUCGCAGAAGACACCAGUGUACGUGCCCGAAAAGCUGUCUACGUGUUCACACGUCCUUCUUCGCGCAGACGGUGUUCGACAGCCUCUUCAGUCGCCGUACAUAGGACCCUUCAAGGUGCUGCAUCGUGCGAGUAAGGCGUACACUAUUGACCGCGGUGGUCGACACGAAGUCGUCACCAUCGACCGUCUAAAACCCGCCUUUAUGGAAGAAAACCCCUCGCCUACUUCGUCUAGUAGUGCUUCGUGCGACGUUACAACUCAUCGCACCAACUUACCUCAUCCUAGUCCAGUUCAACCAGACCACGAUCUCGGUCUACAAGCCGUCCCAACCUCUCCCGAAUCUAGCCCGCCGCCUCCCACGACCAAUCGCCGUGGUCGGGAGGUACGUAAGCCCGUUCGCUUCUCCGACUAUGUACAGUGUAAAUACUUUUAACUUUGUAGAUAUUGUAUAUAUUUGCCUCGUUUUUGGUCGAUUAACGUUUUGAAAACAACCAAAAAUAUCAAAAACCCCCGAAAAACCUUUUUCGAAAAAAAUAUUCAAAAACCAAAAAAUAUUUAAACACGCAGCUCGUUCGUUUGUACUUUUUGGCGUUUUCUGCGCGUGUUUUUCUAUUUUCUCGUCUUUACAUGCCCCAACCCUCCCCUUCGAUCGACUGGCCCACACGAGGAAUCUUUUCGAGGACCCUGACGCGAACACUGGUCGCUUCUCCGCGGGACGAGGAUCGCUUCUCCGCGGGACAAGGAUCGCUUCUUCGCGGGACGAGGAUCG